CUUAUUAGCAUGCAAUUAGAAAAAAUCUAAGAUUUUCAAGCUCUUUUAUCUCUACGUCAUAGGCUAUAAAGGUAUAGCUGUUCUUAUAAAUCUUUCUUCUUAUCCCGUUUUUACUGAGUGACAAGCAGAUCGGGAAAACAAUUUCAUUAAAGUUGCAGGUCUUUUGUCAUGGUCAUCUAGCCAUUUGACAAUGAGAUGCAGCACUAAAAAGGCCAUUAAAUUGCUUCGUUCACUAAGUCCAUGGAUAUCAGUCAGUUUCAUUUUAUCAAUGCUCACAAUCCGUUCAAAUUUAAUGACGCCUUUUUUGAAGUGAAAAGCGGUAGUAAAAAUAUGACCCCAAAUCACCUAGCUUGAACUAUUGAAAGUGUUCAGGGAUCCCCGUUGUCGUUCUUUGCCACUUUUUGAACUAUAUAAAUGCGAAGGAGCUUUUUUACCCAUAAUGCAUUUAAUGUAAAAUCAUUAAACAAAAUGGCUGGGUGGUUACAGUUCGUAUGUUCUGACCAACACUGGUAGAGAAAAAGCCAUGUCAUCGUGUAUUGGGGACGAAGGCUACAGAAAAUCAACUCCCUGCGACUGUAUUGUUUUUGGUUAUGCGGAGGCGCCAACGUUCUUCACUGGAAGCACGAGGCAAAGAUGGCGUCCGACUGUUCGCUUGCAAAGGCCUUCAAAUAUUUGAUGUAUCGAAAAUACCCAAGUCUGAAUUCACUAGUUGGUGAACUAAGAGGAGUUGACAUGGAUGGAAGCUUCACAUCAUGAUGCUUGGCUAGAAGCAACAUCAGUGGGAAAGACAUUGGAGAAGAUCUCUUUUACAAUGCAGAUGAUCCAAUUUUGUAAGAGAAAUGGAAGUGAUGGGUGCAAGAUAAAGAACAGCCAACUAUUUGUAGAUUUGUUACAGUUGAUGACUCUGAAUACCUGAUUUUAAGUUUUAUAAUAAUAAGGUGAUACAUGUAAGUAAUAUCAUUUUUUCCCAGGGUUAUUUAUUGAGGCCUGUCCUAAGAAGGGGACAUGAAAUGAUGAAUAUGUCAGUCACAUGUGUUGUUUAAAAGAGUGUUCCUGUUUUCUCAAAACAAACGUAAAAGUUCUCAAAGCAGCACAAUUGUAUGCAGUUUCAGAACCACAGGCCUUUCAAGUUUUGGAAUUUAGUAAACCUGGGAAUUUUGGCAUGGUUAACCUGGGGUAGUUUGCCAAUUUUUCACCAAGAAUAAAUUAUUAAAUUUUGGAAUAAGUUUAAGACAGAGGAUCCAAGUUGCUCCUUGAGCCUGAUGGAUUACCAGAGAUUGGGGAAUAGAUGUCAGAUGUCAAAGCUUUUAAAUGUAUUGAGCCAUUAAAGGGGCACACAUCUGUGAUAAUAAACUGUGUCUCAAAAGCUUAUAGAAGCAGAACAUUUUGUUUUGAAAUUAUUAUCUGUGCGAGACUUUUGAAAAGGAUUGCAGACUUUUAGCCACUCUGCUCUUCAAUCCCUUGCAAGAGGAAUAAUUUCAUCUACCUGCCAAAUCUCAAUUGGAAAAUGUUACAAACAAUAUUGUUGAUAUAUGUUGACUUUGGGUCUAUUUACCUCGGGUUUUAUAUCUUAUUCGCCAUAGGAGUAGGACUAUUCUAUGCAGCGACAAAACUUUCUUACUCUUGUUUUUAGCAUGUGUAGCCCCCUAAAAUGUUUAGCCCCUUCACGCAGUUAUCUGCUCCAAUGCCCUUGAUGUUAUGUAGAAUUUUACAUAGCCCCCAAUUUUACAUUACAUAGUUUCCCACCCUUGUUUCUCGAUUUAUUUUCUACGGGAAUGCAUUAGGGGUUAUUGUUUUAGAUGAGAAACUGAAAUAGAAUUUUCCAAGAAAUUCAGUAAAAUUUCAAAAUAAAUAUUGUUGUUUUCAGGGGACUAUAGUUCCCUCCCCCGGCCACUGCAUCCUUAAUUCUCCUUUCUGAAGCGCCGUAAAUUCGAUCAAAUAAAAAUAUUUUGUCUCCGAAUCCCGCUUUGUUGGUUAUUUAUUCUUUUAUUUGUUGUCAUAGAUUUGUUUUUGCGAUUUUAUUUUGAUUGUAUUUUGUAAGCCUGAACAUCUUGUUAAUUAAAUUAUUGGCGUCAAAGGCUGUUUGGUCCAAUGGCAUGACCAUGACCCUUGAGAGGCGAGAGUUCGACCUUUCAAACGUUUUCUUUUGCUUGAAAUACUUUUAUCUUUUUUUGGUCGUCUUUCAUUUUUCUGCUUAAAUUUAGCAACAUGUGAUUUUGUAUGAAUUCUAAGGGAAUUCUUUUUGAAAACCUGUAUCCAAUUUUUCUUAUGUUGAAAAGUAGAAUUACCCGCUUAGCUGCGCUCAUCUGAUAAGUUUUAAGAGUUAAAAAAACAUAAAAUUCGCAAAAACUCUGAAUUUAUUGAAAUUAAGUAGAAAUUCAUCUAACUUUAAACUUUCAACCCUUUUGCAAUGUUUGUAGACUUAGCAUCGCAGUAAUGAUGCCUUCUAGUGAUCUCUGGUGAAGCAAAAUAUACUAGCACUUGUUACCCUCGCUAACCAAGCGACCUUGUGGUCCAGUGGUAUUAGUGGGUGACUGCUAAUGUCAAAGGUCACAAGGUCGUGGGUUCGAAUCCCGGCUCAAGCGCUGUUUUUCCUCCAGAAAAUUCAAGCGGCAAUCACAUGGACAAUGGAACAAUAGAUGGACAAUGGAACAAUGGGAAAUGCGAAAACAAUGGGCAUUCAAAAUGGGAACAAAGAGCUGGGAUUCGGACGGCGCAUGCGCUUCCCAGUGGGCGGUAGUCCCUGGCUCCGGACAUCCGGAGCCGGGGAAGACCGCUUACCGGGGGAUACCAACGGAGUCAGCAGGCUGGUCUCCGACUGACAAGUCAGGGGGACAUGUUCGUCUCCAAGAUGAAAAGUAGGGGGACAGUCUGCACUCCGAGAGAAAACACAGGGGGAAGGUUCAAAAUUAUUUUUCGAAAAUUUUUUUACAAGUAUAAAGGGUCCCCCACCCCGCCCCGCCAUGCUGGGCCUCUCCCACGGAGUGCCCCAACGCCCCACCUGCACUGCAAGACCCUGAUGAGCCCCAGCCAGUCGUUCUACGCUCCAUCCAUCUUACCAUCUCUCCAGGUUGCUCUUUAUCUCUAAGGUGAGAGGAUUUAUUUUCUCCUACACCAUCUCUUCCACUGCCCGUCAUUUUAACAAGUAUAUUGUACAACAAAGAACCAGUACCAAAACUCAUCUCCUAAGGCCUAACCUAGCCUAUUUUUGAGGGGUAAAUCAUAUUGCACCAUUUCUCCCCGUUGCUGCAAGACACCAUUGGCUUACUGGGGGCACUGCCCUGCAAACCUAAAACAGACAACCUAACCAGCCGAAAGAUCACACUGCUUUUAGGAAAAAAAUUGAGGGUUUUUGUAAACAGUGCUAAAAUGCGCACUCCUUGCAGUUUGAUCAGUGUGAGAUGUGAGAGGUGUUGCAGACCCGUUGACCAAGACUACCAAAGCCUACCUACCAGCAACAGGGCCGGUUCCAUGGGGGGGUGUGGGGGGGUGUGACACCCCCCCAAGAAUUGAGUUUGGCGAUUUACUCGGUAAAGUUCGAUUUUUGGUCGGUAAAAUUAUGUUACGAAGUUUUAUAUUAAAUGCUGUGUAGUGCAUCACUGCGCAAAAAGCAAUUAAAUGUGCAUAACAUUUUGAAUAUCUAGUUUUCUUCAUUAUUGCCCUGUGCCUACAAAGACCAUGUGAUAUUUGCUGGUGUGGUCUCAUUCGGUGAGAACCUGAGAAACCAUUUGUGUUUCCUGCUUACUCUAUUGUUCCCUAUUGUUCGAAUUCCACUGAUCGAUUUAUUCAAUAAAACUAAACAUAGUGACUGACGCCACCUGUGAAGAAGGCGCGAAACCCGCGAAGCAACAUUCUCUGGUAAUCCUUUAUCUGAAUGAAGCUGAGCUGACGAACAAAAGUAGAAUUGAAAAAAAUAGUAACAGUAAUAAGUAUUACGCUACUUGAAAGGGAAACGGCAGCUUUUCAGGUAACUCAAAAACUUGCUUCAAAUAAUGAUCUUUCUGUUUUUUGAAUUUUAUUUUCUGAAGACAUAUCCAUAUAAUCAUUUGUUUUGAAUUUUGUAAUUCUCGCGUAAGCCUGUGACAAAAAGUCUAGGCCUGUUUGAAAAGCAAGAUUUUCCAAGAUUUGACAAGGCCUGAGUUUGAGCUUUUGAGAAUUUUUUCAAGUGGGUCUCUUCAUCUGAAGUAAAACUGAGAACAAUUAUUUUUACCAGGCUAUGUUUCACUGCUAUGAAAAGAAGACAAGUAAAAAUAAGAUGCAAGGCAAAAGGGUGUAAUUCCCAGUUCAACAGUGACUAUCGCCUCCAACACAAUAGAGAGAAACAUGAAGGCAAAAAUGUGCCAUAUGAAACCGCAGGUGCAGUUAAAAACCCUUUCGAAGCAGCUAAACGCAAGAAAGAUAAUCCAAUUGAAGAAAAAGAUUCAUCUUCUUCAUCUUCAUCUGAGAAGAUAUUGGAUGACAAAACCGAAGAGAUUGGGUUAGCGAAUUCUGCAAAAGAAGAAUCAGUAUCUAAUAUUAGUAAUGUUGUCGGUGAGAAUGUGGUUGAUGAGGAGAGCGAGAGUGAGGCUGAAAACUCCGAAAACGAUGACACCGAUGAUGAAAAUGAUGAUUAUUGGAUUAGCUGUGCGGGAAAGCUCAAGCAUCUGCUAUCCACUUUGGAGCUAAGAGGUAAUUUGACGUUAAACAUUCUAACACAACCAUGUACCCCAAAUAUCGAAGAGUUUGCGAUAUCUGCAAAAGAGUUUGCCAACGAGAUUAAAACCCAGUGUAAUGAUUUAGAAAAAUCUGCUGAACGACUUAAAGUCAAAAUUGACAGGCAAAAAGGAUCUGUACAACCUGGAGAAGCAGCAGCACUAAUAGAACACGACCCUGGAAAAAGAAAAAAAGAUUUGUCGGAUAGCCAACGCCGUUUUGUGAUAAACCUAGGUCCCUACCAGCCUCGCUUGACAGUUUAUCCAAGUAAUGAAUUCAUUGAAUCUGGUAAACAAAAUAAGUUUUCAAGCACCUGGUUCAAAGAUUUUCCACAUCUUGAAUAUAGCGUUCAAAAUGACGCAGCAUUUUGCUAUGUUUGUUCCUUAUUUCCAAACGGCGCUGGAAGACCCUCUUCAGAUGCUUCAUGGACUAUUAAUGGCGUUAGACAGUGGCACAAAAUGAAGAGUGUUGGAAAAGGAAAGAAGGGCAAGCUGAUACAGCAUUUCACCAGCCAAAGUCACAGAGAAGCAUUACGAGAUUUUGCAAGAUUCACUAACCCACAUCAGAACAUUGAUGCACUUUUGGAUUUGUCUCGUCGUCAUGAAAUGAUUAAAGAAACUGACGACGCAAUGUUUAACACCAAAAUUAUGUUAAUAUUAUGUGAUGCUGCUCGCACCAUGGCUAUGCAGGACCUUGCAUUUCGUGGAAAUACUGACGAAUCCAGCAACUUUCAUGAGAUUGUGAAGUUAAUCAGUCGACAUUGCGGCAUUUUGAAAUACUGGCAGAACCAAACAAGGAUGCGACCAUACCAUGUUACCUAUAUGAGCAAAGACACCCCAAAUUAGUUGAUAAAGUUGCUAGGUGACGCAGUGAGGCAUCGUAUGGUGAAGGAGCUAGAGGAAGUCUCAGCGUUCUCAGUAAUGGCUGAUACUACCCCGGACACAAGCAAUAAAGAUCAGAUGGCAAUUGUUGUAAGAUACGUCAUCAAUGCCAAGCCGGUUGAGCGUUUACUGUGUCUGAGGAUUCUCAAAGACAAGUCCGGAGAAGGCCAUGCUGCAGAAAUUUUGAAAGCUCUCAAUGAGUGUAGUGUGGACCCACAAAAACUCGUCUUUCAAUCGUACGAUUUUGCGUCAUGUAUGUCUGGAAAGUAUAAAGGAUGCCAACGAGUGCUAAGUGAUAAAAUUCAAGAAGAUUUUCCACACAAAAAGGAAAUCCUUUACAUCCCAUGCCAGGCUCACAGGCUGAGUACAUAUGUAGAACGAAGCUCCAAAGCAAGCAGUCUUGUAUCAUCGAUGUUUGACAUAUUACAGUCAUUGUACACAUUCUUUUCUAGUAGUACCAAGCGAUCUGAAGCACUUGAAAAAGCACAAGUUGAAAUAGAAGGGGCCUUGAAGAUGCGAAAUCUUUCGCAAACUCGUUGGAUUGCUAGAUCUGAAUCUAUUGACAGUGUCUGGAUCUCUUUGACAGUAAUCGUCUCGCUGCUCGAGCAGAUAAUGGAUAGACAACUUGACUGUGACAAAAACACACAGGAUCAAGCCAAAGCAAUUUUGAAAAAAAUGAAAACAUUUGAUUUUGUUUUCAGCUUGGCUACUAUGAGAUUCAUAAUGCGGCGCUGUAAGGUUCUGGUUGUGCAACUUCAGGAAGAGGGUUUGAAUUUACUCGACGCACUUGAGCUAGUGUCAUCGACAACUAGGGCGUUAGAAAAGAUUCGAAAUGAAGAUGACGUGCAAAAGCAGAUUGAAGCUGCCACACAAAUUGCAAUGCACAUGGGAAUAAAUCCAGAAGAGGAGUUUCAGCACCGCCACAGAAGAAGAUUGCACCAAUUACUGUGGCUUCAAAUGAAAGAUCUUUUAGCAAACUAAAGUUGGUGAAGACUAAGCUGCGGAGCACAAUGCUCCAGGACCGCCUGGAAUCUCUGAUGCUGAUAUCAUGCGAGAAGGAUUUCUCUGAAAAUGUCAACUUGGAAGAUGUUGUCAAGAACUGGAUACACUUAAAAAACAGAAGAGUUCGAUUUGACACUACUUAAAGUUAAUUUAUUCAUAUAUUGCGCUAUAAGAACUGAAAAAGAGGCUGGGUCAAAAGCUCCUAAUUAAAUGACUCGCAAAAAUCUGAGGGUUAUUUUUUGACCCACCAUUGACUCUGUAUUUUUAUUAGAACGUGCUGUAUUUGGUUGAAACGCUUUUUUCAGAUUGAAGUUAAAAUUAAAGUUCUUUCGUUAAAGUUAAAUUUCUUAAAUUAAAGUUAGUGUAAGUCAUUUAGUUGUUAGUUCUGAU